GGGUGCCGCGUUCUCCUGUCCUCAGAAGUUUGCUCCACGUUCUUUUGAGGGAGGGGGAACCAGGGUGGGAACCCCCUUGCUGCAGUAGGGUCCUGGAGUGAGUCCAGUAUAUUGGGGGGAAAGUGACCCUCAUUCUUUCAAUUACUCUGUUGAAAAACUUGUAGCAAAGUCCCUACAAUUUGCCAAGCAGUAUGGUAGGGGGAGGAGGGGCUUUAUAGAAAUGACAAGUUCAGUGCAUACGGGAGGUACAGGUGCAUGUAUUAUUUAAGAGUUAUAUCUAGCCUAUUUGGAAAAUGAUUGAAGACAGUCAGCAGAGUACAUACAUGAGAUAGAAGGAAAGUCCUAGAAGGAAGAAAUCCCUUCUGAAUGAUUACGGAAGUCUUCCUAGAGGUCAUGGUGGGCAUCAGGUUUGUAAUAGUAAUACUGAAUACUUACUAGGGCCUGGCAGUGUGCUUAUUACAAUCACAUGUGCGAUUUUACUAACCCUCACAAUAUCCCUAUGAUGUGGCUACUUUUACUAUAAAUCUCAAUUAGUAGAUUAUGAGGCUGAGACUCAAAGAGGUUGAGAAACUCACCCACAGUUGAACAGCUGGUAAGUGGUAGAUGGGCUUCCAACCUGAUUCUCACUCCAGAGCCACCCUUAACCACUAAACUCACCCUAGAGAAGUAGAAGGAGAUGAGGCUGAAAAAGAAGAAUGGAUACACGCCGUAGACAGCCAGCCUCGAACGUUCUGCAAAGAAAUUUGAACUUUAUUCUGUGUAUCGUUGGAAACAACAAAUAGCUUUUGGGCCAAGAGUGAUGCAAUCAUGGCGACAUGUUAGGAAGGUUAUUCAGGAGGUACAGGGCAGAGCUGUGGGUGGAGGCUGGGAGCCUGGCCAGGGGUCUGCUGCCAGUGUCCAGGUGAAAGUUGCCAAGGACCUGUUUGGUGUCAGUAGGGGCAGAAAGAAGAGAGCAGAUGGAGAGACAUUUCAGAGUCAAGUUGACAGCAUGAAGGGCCUGACUGGCUGUGGACAGUGUCUGGGGAUGCUGCUGACCACCAAAGUGACAACAGCCAGGGAUAACGUGAAGAUGCCCAGAAUUCCGGAGCUGCUGCGGCGGGUGCUGGAGGGGCUGAAGGGACUGUUCCAAAAUACAGCUGUUCAGUUCCACUUGCGGGAGCUGUAUGUGGCAGCUGAUGAGGCCUCUAUCGCCCCCAUCCUGGCUGAGGCCCAGGCCCACUUUGGCCGCAGGCUUGGCCUGGGUUCCUACCCUGACUGGAGCAGCAACUACUAUCGGGUGAAGCUGAUACUGGACUCAGAGGAAGAAGGGCCCCUGGAGGAAUGCCUGGCCUACCUGACUGCCCGCCUGCCCCAGGGGUCGCUGGUCCCCUACAUACCUAAUGCUGUGGAGCGGGCCAGUGAGGCUGUGUACAAACUCACCGAGUCAGGGACUUCUCUGGGGGAAAAGGUGGCAGGCGCUCUGCAGACCAUUGAGAUGGCCUUGGCUCGGUACAGCCUCAACCAGCUGUGCGUGGGCUUCAACGGGGGCAAGGACUGCACCGCCCUCCUGCACCUCUUCCACGCUGCUGUGCAGAGGAAAUACCCUGAUGCUCAAGAACCCCUCCAGAUCCUGUAUAUCCGCAGCAUCUCCCCUUUCCCCGAGCUGGAGCAGUUUCUACAGGACACCAUCAAAAGGUACAAUCUGCAGGUGCUGGAGGCUGAGGGCGACAUGAAGCAGGCCCUGAGCGAGCUGCAGGCACGGCACCCCCAGCUGGAGGCUGUCCUGAUGGGCACCCGCCGCACUGACCCCUACUCCUGCAGCCUCUGCCCCUUCAGCCCCACAGACCCAGACUGGCCUUCAUUCAUGCGCAUCAACCCGCUGCUGGACUGGACCUACCGAGACAUCUGGGACUUUCUGCGUCAACUGUUUGUCCCUUACUGUAUCCUAUAUGACCGAGGCUACACGUCGCUGGGGAGCCGGGAGAACACAGUGCGGAACCCGGCCCUGAAGUGCCUGAGCCCAGGAGGGCAGCCCAUCUACCGUCCGGCCUACCUGCUGGAAAACGAAGACGAGGAGCGGAACUCCCGCACAUGACCUCCCGCCCACUGGAGGAGGGAGGGAAGGGGGGCGUCCCGCGGUGUAGCCUGUUAAUAAACCACCUCUCAUAUGCCUGUU